CUCCCGCCCGGGCUGCCAGCAGCGGGGGAGGCAGCUGUGCGGGCAGGAGGAAGCGCGGCGGCGGCGGAGGGGACCGAGGCGGGGGGAGGGCGGAGACGGGGCCAGCCCGAGGAAAAUCAAAGGGCCCCGCGAUGAAUUAGGCAGCGGGCUGCAGAGGGGAGGGCUCCCCCCUCCCCCGCCCUUCCCCGCACGGCGGCGGGAGCAGCGCCGCCCCGCACGGAGCCGGCGGCUCGGGGCACGCCACAGGCGCACGCAGGCACAGACGGGCGGCGGGGGCGGGCCGGGCCGGCCGGGGUGGGGGGGGCUCCGGCAGAUGAAGAUGGCAAUGUCUGUGAUCCAAGCGUGCCGCAGCCUGGCUCUCUCAACAUGGCUGCUGUCCUUUUGUUUCGUGCAUCUGCUGUGCCUGGACUUCACCGUUGCCGAGAAGGAGGAGUGGUACACGGCCUUCGUCAACAUCACCUACGCCGACCCGGCGGCCGGCAGCGCCGAGCUCCGCAGCGAGAAGAGCGAGUGCGGGCGCUACGGCGAGCAGUCGCCCAAGCAGGACGCCCGCGGGCAGGUGGCCCUCUCCGCCUCCCCCGCCGACCGCUACGCCUGCGACCCCGGCACCCGCUUCAACGCCCCGGCGCCGGGCAAGAGCUGGGUGGCCCUCAUCCCGCGGGGCAACUGCACCUACAAGGACAAGAUCCGCCACGCCGCCGCCCAGAACGCCUCCGCCGUGGUCAUCUACAACGUGGGCUCCAGCAAUGCCAACGAGACCAUCACCAUGCCCCAUGCAGGCCUAGAAGAUGUUGUAGCAAUAAUGAUCCCUGAACCCAAAGGAAAAGAGAUAGUGAGCCUCCUGGAGAGGAACAUUACUGUGAUGAUGUACAUAACCAUCGGGACACGCAACUUGCAGAAGUACGUCAGCCGGACCUCUGUGGUGUUCGUCUCCAUCUCCUUCAUUGUGCUGAUGAUCAUCUCGCUGGCGUGGCUGGUCUUCUAUUACAUCCAGCGAUUCCGCUACGCAAAUGCCAGAGACAGAAAUCAGCGCCGGCUUGGAGAUGCUGCAAAGAAAGCAAUCAGCAAGCUGCAAGUCAGAACAAUCAGGAAAGGUGAUAAGGAAACUGAGCCAGACUUUGAUAACUGCGCUGUUUGUAUUGAAGGCUACAAGCCCAAUGAUGUUGUCAGAAUUUUGCCUUGCAGGCACCUUUUCCACAAGUCCUGCGUAGACCCCUGGCUGUUAGACCAUCGUACCUGCCCAAUGUGUAAAAUGAAUAUUCUAAAAGCUCUAGGGAUCCCGCCAAAUGCAGAUUGCAUGGAUGAUAUACCUCCAGACUUGGAAGCGUCCAUAGGAGGACCGCCAACCAACCAGAUAACGGGAGCCAGCGAUAUAACAGUGAACGAGAGCUCUGUAGCCCUGGAUCCCCCGGUGCGGACUGUGGGAGUACUACAAGUCAUCCAAGACGUAGACUCCUUUCCCCAGGUUGGGGAGGGGAACUUCACAACAGGCAAUGAACAGGAGCCAGCAGUCAGCAGUGAUUCAGAUAUUUCAUUGAUUAUGGCAAUGGAGGUUGGACUGUCCGAUGUGGAGCUUUCCACUGAUCAAGACUGCGAAGAGGUGAAGUCUUGAAAAACAAACAGAGAUCCGACACUAAACUACAGGGGAGGGUCACAGGGAGGGACCGAGUCAGCUUUCUAGGAUUUGGACCAGUCAUGCACAUGCCUCCAGAGCACUGUCACUCCUGCACACUCCAUUCUGAGAUGGUCACGAAAAGCAAUAGCAACAGUUGUGUCUGCCUGGAUGCGGUUUCAUCAUCUACAUACGUUCAUUUUGUUCACAUGGGAGAUGAACGCUUCCAGUUUACCCACGUGCUUGAGAGCAGUCAUGUAACUCUUCAGUGGCUCGUAAAUACGCAACUGAAAUGACAGCUUGAGUGUUUUCUACACUUGUUUGAUUGGGGGUUUGUUUCUUUUUUUUGAAAAGACGUAUGUUUGUUAUGUUUGUUUGUUUAUAGUUUGUAAUGGAUGGACGCUCUGUUUUUGUUGACUGACCCCAGCUUUUUCAAGAGUUCAAUCCAGAAAUCUGAAUUCCCGUUCACUGGUCACUUCAUGAUCUGACUCCAGGAUUUAUCAUUGCCGUGUUGUUUCUGCGUGAAGUACACGUGGCUUCAGAAGGACGGUGCACCAGCACCCUGCAUUAAUGUGAAGCCUGCUCCCAUUAAGUGGGAGCCUUGGAAAUGGUGCAUUCUGAAGGCCUUUAUUUGUAAAAGAGCUAUGAAUUAACAGAGAUUGCUGAGAUUUGGGUUAAAACUUCAUUAUGUUGGCUUUUACUUAGAGCUCUGCUAUAGACGAGUAUUGUACAGUGUGAAAGAGAGAAAGAAAAGCUUAAAGCUUCACUCUGUCCUUGUAGUCCUUUGCUAUAUUUUAUGCUAUUAGCAGUUGUCAGUAUAUUAAUGGCCUUCCUUCAAGUCACCAUUCAGUAGCUGAAAAAGAAAAUCUAGUGUAACAUCAUGUCUUUUCUUAAUUUUACAGACCGAAAUCUGACCGGUAGGCUAAAGGAGUGUCUGAGAGGUUUCCAGAGGCUGCUUGUUGACAGCUGUGCAGUACACGAAUGAUGAGAAUAUUCUCAGAAAGGGUCUGGCGAUGCUGAGAUCAGUGUCAGAAAUUGCUAAUGAAGCAGGAGGCAGCUGGUUGGAAUGUUUACUUCUGGUUUGUUUGGGGUUUUCUUCUUAGUGCAUUUCACUUCUUAUGUUUUGAUGGUACUUUUUGCCCGCUUGUUAUCCAACACAAGAGUUCAGGUCGUUCCUCGUCCUCCAGAAUCCCUGUCAACAUUGUCGCAAGCAUAAUGGCAUACUUGCGAUUUGUAUAUAGGUAUAUGUACCAAAAUAUUUUGGAUAGAGGGGAGGGAAUUUGAAAAUAAACAGAACUAACAUAAAUUGGAACACUUAAACAAUAAUGACCUGUGAUGAUUAUUUAGUUCAGCCUGAGCUCUGCUUUCCAGGGAAAAGGUUAUCGUUACUUGUUCACUGUAUGAUUUCGUUCUUCAGUCAAAAUACUCAACUGUGGAGAGGCAUUUUUAGCUUACUGUUAUACAAGAGUAAAUGGUUUCCGUUGACAGUCAGAUGAUUUGAAUCACAUUACUGCCUCCUGAGUAAGUCCAUAGAAUCAACAAUUCAUCUUACAUCGAAAUUUCAUGGAGAGGUCAAACAUUUUGACUUGAUGGUGUCAUGGCAGCAUCUCAAAAUGCAACUAUUAGGGUUCUUGCUGCAUUUGAUCUCCUUGUGGAUUUACUCGUUAGAUGCAGAAACCAGCUUCCAGCCAAAAUUGGGUUUGUCAGACCUUAUUCAGGAACAAAUGUGUUUAGAACUAUCCCUAAAAUUUUGGCCAACUUGCUUCUUUAGUACAGGAAGAAGGAAAAAUUAUAUUCCAUGCUUUUUGGUCCAGUUAGAACUCAGUUCAUUUUAUAGCUUUUUUUUUUUUAUGUUCUUAGGGAUGUUCUGAAUUGCAGGGUAACUUUGAGGCAAAGGAGCACAGCGUAAUCAUCCUUCAAAACCACGAUCUGGAAAUGUGCCGUUACAUUUUUAUAAGCCAUUUGAAAGGAUAUCUCUUUUUAAUUAAAGAGAUACAGGCAGCUGGAAAUCUGCUUGGUUUAAAAAGAAAGUUAGAGAUUUUUCCAGAGGGCACAGCUAGGUCAGUCUUGCCAAUAUUUGUGGUUCUGUAAUUAUUUUUUCCUUAUUCUUUAAUGUUUUCUCUAUUCCUUGCUGCUAUGGGAAAGGCCCACAACGUCAAGGGAACCGAUGCUGAAAUUCACCCCUACACAAGAGAGUUUGCACAAGGUACCGCACCAGCUCCACCUAAGCUCUGGAAAUAAUGCUGAAGUGGGAUUUAAGUGAUGUUUACACCAAAUACUGUCCCUUCAACACGGGAAUGAAUUUAAUCUCAAAUGACUGCAGGGGAAAGAGUGAAGCUGGUUAUACACAGUCAGGUCUCUCUAUGGAAAGUACACACACUGGUACAAUUUCUUCUCCAGCGCUGGAGCCUGGGUGCUACAUGUCACAGGAACAUCACGAACACGAUGUCCAAGUUGUCAGUGAUGCUUUAACAUCCGUCCACUGCGGCCCAGCACACACAGACGAAAAACUCCUGGCCAAACUGUUUGGGGUUUCGGAGGAGCUGUCGCAAAGCCUUCAUUUCAUUUCACAAACUUAAAUAAGUUAAUCUCAAUGGAUAGAUUGACCAAUUAUCUGUUGCCAUAGCGGAGUCACCCACAGCACAGCAGUGCAAGCGAGGUCUGCGGAAAAGCAAGGCAGGAGGUGAAACGCCCAGCAAAAUCAUUAAUGGGAGCUGUGCUCAGAGGGGCAUCACAUAGGUGGAAACCCUGCCUGUAUUUCUAGGAGUUAGUGAAGGAUUUCGCACUGUGCAUGCUCUUUUCUGAAGGAUCGCAUAGCAGAUGUGGUCCCUCGGGGUCCACAGGUGGCCACUGGCAGAGGCGGGGUGCUAGGCUGGCUGAGACGGUUUUACGUAUCACCAUACUGCGGUCUCUCAAAAGAGGCCUCCUGGCAAAUCUGGGUCAGGAGUCUGUCUGCUUUUGUUUACCCAGUUCUACCUGCAGUUUCGCUCAGGAAAGAUGUUUUUCCGUCCCUGUCCUCAGGUGUUCUACAGCUCUGAGCACUGUUAAGCGAUAAUGAGUGCAAAGCCAGGUUACACAUCACUGAAGCCAGAACCUGGGAACGCAAGUAAAUUAAGUAAAUGUUUUAUUCCGUCCUUCUUCAGCAAAGCACUUUGGACUUGUACCAAAAUCAGGUUAUUUUCAACAAGUCUUCUAUGAGCAUAAUUAAGCCCCUGUGUCAAAUGGAAAUGUUUUCCUAAAGCAGGACCUGGCUGACAAUGUUCUUUGUAUAUAUAACCUGUGAAAUGCCUUGGGAAUUUGAGGUGCUUCAUAAAUAUUAAGACCCCUAGAUGUAUGUUUGUAACAUGUAUGAAAGCCUUAAUUCUGCAGAUCUGCGUGCCCAUGCACGUUUUCGCUUACACAAGUCUCUCCACUGAGAUUCCCCACAGGGUAAAAUUAAACUUCCCAAUUUGCAGCUUUGGGCAACAUCAGUCCCAUCCUGAGCAUGGUGCGAGUCCUCGGUACCGCUGCCCUCUGAGCUUGGGCUCCGGCAUUAAAUAUGUGGGAUUCAGAUGCUGGGGACACAGCACACUGCCUGUUCAGAAGGGAAAGCAGCCUUUAGCAUACAGCCAGGAAAAAACCAAAAUCCUCUGGUGCCCUCUGACGAACAAGUAAGUGCUCAUGCACAUAAUUCUGCGGACACGCUGUGAUUGCCCACCCACGGUGCUGGUGGUGGGGCAGAGGGGCACCUCCUGCACAGGGCCGGUGGGCCAGGGACGGUGCAGCUCUCUGAGAAAGAUGCUCUUGUCACUAAGCUGAUCUUGCGUCUCUCCAAACUCCUCCUCUCCUGUCAUCUGAGGCUCUUUUCUUUUCCAUGAGCGAGUAGUCGGUGGGAGAAGCAUUCGCUCAUCUUCGCUCAGGCUGGGUUGCAGGGUGAAACUUGGAUGGACGGAGACUGCACUCUCAGUGUCCUUUGUUUUCAUGGGUUUCACUGAACUGCCUUCCCAACGGUCUGUUCAAUAGGUAGGACAUGUAAAAAGUUACAUGGGCAGAAUUUUGCACUUGCAAACGACCUGAUGUUUGCAUGCGGGUGUGCAAGGCACCACCUCUCCAUCCCUUCCCCACGGCUGACCCUUUCUGGUGGGGAUAAAGAUCUGUCACUCGCUGAGGAUUUGGUGUUGGGUUUUUUUUAUUUUAUGACUGCUUUAGAGCCUCAAACCCAGGAUCAGGACAAUCAUAGCACUGCAGUUAAUUCUUCAAGCAUUCCAUAGAAUUAAAUUGCCAUGUAUGCAUAUAAAAGUACAUUGAUAUGACUAUGGAAACUGUAUUGUAGUGGAAACAGAAGCAGCUGCCAAUUUUAGACUUUUUAUAGGAGGGAGAUUGUGGCACUAAAGAAAAAGGCUUUGUAGAGGCAAUUUGAAAAAAAAAAAAAUUAUUGAAAUCACAUAUGAUGAUAAGAGGUCCCUCGGAUCUCACCGCUUUAAUGACCCCUGGAUCAGGUCCAGCGGAAGUCAUUGCAAGGAGGGCAGUACUUCGUCUCUUGCUGAAUGACUCGUUUGGGAUACAUUCUUACUUCGUUACAAAAUGAACCCAAGCACCAGAGACGGAUCCGGCUCUUGAAUUUAAUCUUUCUCAAAGAAUAUGCAUUUUGUGAUCCAAAGGUUUUGUUGUCAAACCUGUUAACCCACCUUCUUUCCCCCCCUGCUAAAUAAAAAGAAAUGCUUGUCCAAUUUGAAAAACGUCUAACUCAGAAGACCUUUGCAUAUGGACGGGUUGCCCUGGCAGGUAUCUGCAGAUUGCUUAACAACAGUUACAGAUUUUCCAUGAAGUCUGUUUUAUUUGCCAUUCUUGUUAAACCUGGAAUGCGGUCGUCGUAUAGAUUUUGCAGACUUUUGCCUUACAAACUUUUUCCCUUUGGAUAUAUGCCCCAGCCCUUUGAGUGGAUUCUGUGGUUAAAAGGCAAAGAUCGGGGCACAAGUCUUUAUAGGGAAAUCUCUGGACUGCGGGUCCUUGCUGUGACAAUUGGUCUGUGCUGAAAUGAGGAUAGAGGCUAUGCCUAACAGCGGGAAAUGCCUUUCAGCCCAGGCAGCUGGGAAUCUCCCAGGCUUUGUUUACAAGAGGCUCGUUCCUUCAUGGUCUCUGUCUGUAGGAAAGCUCAUGACUAAGCAUAUAGUUUGAAAUAAGCCAGGAAUAGGAAUUUACAGGCUGUGCAAACCAAGGAAACCAACGGUCAUUUAUUGAUUUCUGUUUGUUAGAAAUAAUGGACUUUUUUUAACCAUUUGUUGUUCUUGUAGAUCCCUGUUGCACGGACAAAGUUACCGGUCUGCUAGGAAUAGGGGCCAGGACAAGCCGAGUCUCUAAACAGAAGAGGGAGGGCUUGGUUUGCUGUUGGAUGCAUCCAUUUUGCAGGAGUCAAGAGGAGGAGAAACCCAGCCGGUUCCUCCCCAGCCCCUCUCACAAAAGUUUGCUCUUGUGUGAGCUUUUGCUGCAGGGGAAGGGGAUCAUGGGAUCUAACGCUGCGCCGCUUCUCUCUUGCAUGUCGUGCUGCCUGUGUCUCUUGUAGCAGGUUGGACUGCUCUGUGUCAGCACGCGGGAAGGGAGCCAGCCAAAGUUCGGCUUAAGGGCUUAAUGAAAGAUAGGCCAUGGGGGUUUGGCAGAUUUAGGGCAGCCGAGCUGCUUCAUAUCCAGUGCUGACCAGGACUGCUGCCUCAUUGAAGAGCACCGAGCAUUGACUGAUUUGUUUUAUAGAAUCAUAGAAUGGUUUGGGUUGGAAGGGGCCCUAAAGAUCACCUAGUUCCAACCCCCUGCCCUGGGCAGGGACACCUCCCACUAGACCAGGCUGCUCAAAGCCCCAUCCAGCCUGGCCUUGAACACCUCCAGGGAUGGGGCAUCCACAGCUUCCCUGGGCAGCCUGUUCCAGUGUCUCACCACACUCACAGUGAAAAAUUUCUUCCUAAUAUCUAAUCUAAAUCUCCCCUCUUCCAAUUUGAAGCCAAAUAUAGAUGCAGAACGUGUGAGCGUAUAUGGGGCAACCGGCACGUCAGAAAUGAAUGGGCUUGGUUAACGCAAGCGGGGAAAAACAGUGUCGCGAAAUAUUUUAGAGGCGAGGGAAAAUGAGGGUGGAGGUGGUGUUUUAGCUGACUUUUUAAACAGGGACAAUUGAUCCAACACAAGCGCUGCUUUUAUUUUACCAAGCUGUUACCUGAACUAAUUGAUAGUUUCGCAGUUGAAAGAGGAACGCCAGAUGGACUUUUUAGCCUGGAUUUGUUUGCGUAGCAGAUGGCAGCGGCGGCCUGGGACGGCGAGCGAGGGAGACGGCUGCCCUCUGCCGCACGCUUCCCCUGCCGAGCUGGAAACCCGCUCCGUUCCUCUUCCCUUCCUUGGCACUUCUUUCUCAAGGAAGAAAAAAAAAAAAACCAAAAAAAAACACCCCAACCUUCUGAGCUGGAGCUGUAUUUCAAAGGGAGAAAUAGAGAAGAAAGAUGAAUGAAAGAUGUUGUGGCUUCUGAAUGUAAAGCCAACAGAUGAAUUUUCCAUCUGAAAUUAAUCUUGUUUCUCUCAACUAUUUUAAUUGUGAAUCGGUGGAAGUUAUUUCUUUCUGGAGUGAAUGGAAAGAAAAAAAAAAAAGG